UUCGCUAUAUUGCAGCACGUGUCCCGACCAUGCAUUCACAUGAAUACAUACAUAUACAUAACGCUUCCUUCAAACAUGCAUAUAUGUCUAUGCAAGCAACGUUUUGAUUGAGAGUUGAGAAGAAUCUUGUUAGUUAGAAUGGCGGAUCUUAAAGACGAAAGAGGAAACCCGAUCUACCUUACGGACCAACAAGGCAAGGCAGCUCAGCUAGUGGACGAGUUAGGUAACGCGAUGUACGUGACAGGUGUUGCAACCACAGUCCCUCACCUUAAGGAGAGCAGCUACACAGGUCCACAUCCAAUCACAGCCCCGAUAACGACCACCGAUACACCUCACCACGCACAGCCUAUCUCCGUGUCACACAACCCUGUUGAAGAGCACGGCAUAUCUUCCUCCAACUCUAGGGAUGAAGGAUCAGGAGGGGAAGGUAAUAGAAGGGAUGAAACUAAGACAAGGGUAGGCAGGCACGAGACAUCAACUGCAACCGUAGAAUCAGUAUCGGCUCAUGAAGGAGCGCAGGAGAAGAAGAGUUUGGUUAAGAAGAUUAAGGAGAAACUUUCCGGCCACAAAGUUAUUUAGUAAUUUCUGUGCAAAUGGCUCCUUCCUAAAACUAUGUUUAGUUUAUAAAUGAUUAUAU